AUGAAUCGUCAUCAACGUAGUGCAACGACAACAAAAUCAGCAACUGCUACAGAACCAGCGGCAGCAUCACCACAAUCAUCACCGCCGACAACGACAACAUCAACAACGGCGACGACGACGACGGCCACAACAACAACAACAUCAACGACAACAACGACAAGACCAGCAAAAAAGCUUCAAUAUUUUAUCUAUCCAGAAUUACCAAAAUAUGAACUACGAUUUUAUAUUGCUGUAAUUAUUAUAUGUAUUUUUUAUUCAUGGAAUGCAGUAUUUACUGCAAGUAACACCUUUCUGCACAGCAGAUUUGAUCCGUAUCAUAAGACGGUUACAAAUUUUCCACUAAUUGGACCAAGAUUCAAGGACACUAGCAACUGGGAAUGGGCUCGUUGGGCACCGUUCGCUAUUUCGAUGAUACCUUUCUUGGCCAUACACUCGUUGAUCUUUUCUAUAUGCUCAAAAUUUCUUACACCGCUAACAACUUCCUAUAUUUCGUUGAUUUACUCAAUGAUAGGUUGCUGCUACCUUUUUACACUACGUUUGGUUGCUAUAUCAGUCCUACAAGGAACUUUUAUAUUUGCAGUGACUCUCUAUCUAAGACACCAGUUAACCGUAUGGCUAUGUGCGGGGCCACUACUCUACUUUAUCAUGAACUGGUCAACCAGGAUAUCGCAUGAUCCAUUCCUGGUACUACUUUUUGCUGCCUAUACUCUACUGUCCUAUAUCUCCUACAAUUUGGACUUUGUGCGUGGUGAAGCUCAAACGCAAAAUCAAACCGUGCAUUACCGUUAUCAACGAAUGCUAUUUUAUACUUUCUAUCCACCCUAUAUGAUUUCACUAAUAGUUCCGUACUCCGAUUUUGAGAAACAAAUUGCUGAUAGAGAUAAACGAGUUCGGAACUGGAGAUGGAUAUUAUUUUUUGCAGCCAGAAUACUAUUUUGGUGGGGCUUUAUUGAUUUUAUGCUUCAUUUUUCAUACCAUGAAGCACUACUGUUUGAUACCACAUACGCUAACACGAUUCCAAAGGAUCAAUUUGUUUCGCUUGGAAUGGCACUUGGUCAAUUUUUCAACUUAAAAUAUGUGGUAAUCUUUGGAUUGCCAGCAGUAUUUGCUCAUAUUGACAAAAUGCAACCUCAGGAUGGCCCAAUAUGUAUCGCUCGAGUGACACUCUACUCAAAGAUAUGGAGAAAUUUUGACAGAGGCCUAUACACAUUUUUUAAACGAUAUAUAUUCAUUCCGAUUUGUCAGCCAACGUUUUCGUUAGGCAGAAAAUUGAUUGGUGUCUUUGUAUCCUAUGCAUUUGUGCUAAUUUGGCACGGAAUCCAGUACCAUAACAUAGUAUGGAUUUUGCUUAAUAUUGCUGAACUUUUUGUGGAAUAUACUGCUAAAGGUAUCUAUUUGAUUGAUGGUGUUCGCAAAUUCCGUGAGACCUAUAUCUCCGAUGUGGCAUUUCGACGUAUCUUAGCAUGGCUACAAAUUAUACCAUUCGUUUUUGGUAUCUAUUCUAAUUUCUAUUUCCUUGGCGGCCCAUCCGUUGGGGCAUUAUUUGUUCAGCGAAUUUGGGUAGAAGAAACGCUAACACUGCAGUAUCCGUUCUUCCUCCUAAUCUCGUUGGGCUACUGUUAUGCUAACAUUACUAUGGAAGUUGAAAACUAUUUAACCAGGCGACAACAAAAACUUCAUGAAGCCUAA